AUGGCCUGUCAGAGACAUUUGCUGUUCCUGCUCCUGGUUCUGUUUGCAAUCAGUACACAGCUGUCACAUGGCCAGCACUGGUCCCAUGGGUGGUAUCCAGGAGGAAAGAGGGAGUUGGACAUGCCUGCUUCUCCAGAGGUUUCAGAAGAAAUCAAGCUGUGUGAAGGAGAAGAGUGUGCCUACCUCAGGAACCCUAGGAAAAACCUCCUAAAGAACAUACUGGUAAGAUACACACUGGAGCUGUGGGUGGAAGAAUGA